AUGUCAAUCGGUUCGAACCAAGUUAAUACUCUUUGGCAGUGGAAGAGAGAUCCUAUGCAAGGGACUGAACCGGAGGAAUUGUCUCAGCUGCUCAGUUUAUUGGAUUCAGUCUCGUUGUCGGACAGAUCGGAUCGUUGGAUCUGGAUUGGGGAAGGAAAAGAAGAUUUCAGUGUGGCUGCUGUUAAAAGAACAAUUAUGAAAGGCAGGGGUUCGAGUUCCGGGUCGAAAUUUAAGUGGUGUAAGUGGGUUCCCGCCAAAUGUAACAUUUUCGCUUGGCGUGCGGUUAUUAACAGGAUUCCUACGGUCGAAGCGUUGAGGAGAAGAAACAUUAGCAUUCAGAAUUCGUCAUGUGGUCUCUGCAAGGAUGGAGAAGACGAGGUAAACCAUCUCUUUUCGGGUUGCUAUGUGGCUAAUGUAGUGUGGAGUUAUGUUAGUAAUUGGUGCCGCGUUCCGCAUAUUUAUGCUUUCUCUAUUCAAGAUUUGGUGGAGUAUUAUGUGAGGUGUGGUCUCAAAGAGCCGGAAAAAACUAUCUUUCAAGGUGUAAUGAUCAUAGCUUGUUGGAGUCUUUGGAAAGCGAGAAAUGAAGCCAGGUUCAGGAAUGUUUCGGUUAGAAUAGAGAAGGUUAUUAGUGAGGUGAAAGUGUUGGGGUUUCUUUGGGUUAAGAAUAGAACGAAGUUUAGAAGUUUAUCAUGGGAAAACUGGUGUAAAUUUGUAAUUAUGUAG